GCAUCACGUGAGAAUAAAACAUGGCUGUUUCGAGAAAGAAAGCCGAGCUGCAGCAGCAGCGGCGCAGGGAGCUGAGCGAGAGGGCCAUGGAAUUUUACGCCCAGCGCAACGUCACCAGCACCGUGGAGAAGCUGCUCAACGAGAUGUUUGUUGCGUCUCCAAGAGACGUGUACGGAUACAUGUCAGACUACCUCGGUGAUCUGGCGGUGGCCCCUGUCAUUAGCAGAGGAGAGUGUACUGAGAGCGUGGACGAGAGAGGAAGUCCAGCUCUCAACGUCAGCAUACACUGCACCAUACACGGUAUAGACAAAUUUGUGACCUCUGUGAGUGUCCCUGUGAACCCCUCUCCUCCCCCUCCUCCCUCCCCUCCCCUCCCAUCCUCUCCCUCCAACAAACCUGGAGCCAAAAAGAAAACCGCGGAGCCAGUCAAGCCAGUAGAGGGGGAAGGCAGUGAAACAAACAAUAAAGAAAAAGAUGAUGUCAUUUUUGCCUUUGAGAGCUUCAAUACCUACAUUGCCCCUGUUCUGGUGUCUCGCCCACCUAACCAGCAGUCAGACAUUGACAGCACUAUCUCCAGUCUCAGGGACAAAGAGGGGAGGGAACUGCACCAGUCAGCUCUGUUAGCCACCUCUCUGACUGUGGCCAAGUCUGCAGCUAUACUCUCUGGUCUACCUCUCUACAACCACCUCACCCCAGCUCUCUCCUCCUCCUCCUCCUCCUCCUCCGUCUCCUCCGUCUCCCUGCCCACUCCCCUCACAUCUCUCCUGGCUGGCGGGGCUGGGAAACUGAGAGUGAGAGAGUUCUGCAUUCUCCCCCUCCCUGGCAGGACUUUAUCAGAGCAGAUUUUGGCCCUGUGCUCAGUGUACCGCUCAGUGGGGACGCUACUGUCUGCUAAAACUGGGGUGGGAGGAGUGGCCCCAGUGGGACCUCGUAGGGCCUACUGCCCUCCCCUGGAGAAGAUGGAGGCUGGACUGGAGCUGGUGAGAGAGGCAGGUACCGAGUGUGGCCUGAUCCUCGGUCAGGACUUAUCUGUCGUGGUCGACAUUGGAGCUGACAGGCUCUUUGACCAGGAGAAGCACAAGUAUGAACUGAUCACCGGGCAGUGGAAGUCAACUGACGACCUCAUAUCUAUGUACACGGAGCUCCUUACAUCUCAGCCCGGGCUCAUGGGCUAUAUUGAUCCCCUACACCACGAGGACGUGGAAGGCUGGAGGAAACUGCAAGAGGCACUGGGAAGUAAAUGCCUCGUGGUGGCUGACAAAGCUCUAGCCAGUGGUCUACUACCUGUUCCACCCAGUGACCACCAGGGCCCAUCACCGGAGGUGGAGAAACAGGAGUCAAUGUCAGGGGUCGGUGAGGGGACACCCGAGGUGACAGAAGGGCUGGAACUCCUCUCUUGUGCUUCGUUCACUCUUGAGACAACUCUCUCAGCCACUUUCUCAAGAUACCGUGCACUUUCAGGCAUUGCGAGCUACACGAUGCUGAAUGUCCCUCACACUCUCACUGCUAAUCCUCUACUGGUGGAUGUGGCUGUAGCAAUGCAGUGUUCAUUGCUAAGACUCGGUGCACCGUGUGGAGUGACCAGCACAUGUCUCCUCUCACGCAUGCUACAGAUCAAAGAAGAACUGUCUUCCAAGGGUACUUACGAACCGCCAAAAGCACUUGUGUUUUCUAGUACAUCUCUCAGCAAAGUGGACCAACACUAGCAAUCGUCCCACUUGGGGUUAUAAUGUGCAGCACUUACACAACUUUUAGCCCUCUUACUCUAUUUGCAAACAGUGGCACGGAUUCUAAUAAGUACUUGUGCCAUGUUUUCAUGCCCAGCAUUAGUUGUAUCUUGUUUGUUUACACGAAGACUGGAAACCUUCACUACACGUGUGCCGCGGACGAGUAUAGUUUACGGAGAGAAUACUGAUUGUACCGCCAAGCGCCAUGGCAACCCAGUUUACGCCCAUUCG